AUGGACAGACGACUGAGCAGGGCCAAUUGGUCCACCAAGAACGCGAAAAAGACGUUCACGCCGGCGCAGAUCUCUGCUCCGAUCAUAGAAAAGGCUUCUGCCGCGCCCUCCGCGCCCGCGCAGAAACAGUCGCCGAAACUGAAACGGCCGCACAAGAUCGACAAUAGCGGUGUCAACAGGCGGUUUUCGGUGAAGCUGAACCCGCAGGAGGCACAGGCGGCCCAGAAGUUUGCGCUGUCGCAGUUUCCCCUGCUGCCUGAAGGAGCUGAGGCCGCCGUGAGCGAGGCUCGCCAGCAAACUGCAAUGGACUCGAGUGCGCUAUUGACAGAUCUGUCCGCCGAGUCGUUCGACGCUGUGCCGUAUGUGCAGGGGUAUCUCAAAGACGCGAACGCCACAAAGAUCGACCAGUUUGCGCGCGACCUGAGCGACCUUUCGUCGUCCAACGACGGCGACGUCAAGCAUACCAUCACACAGUCAUUUAACCAGGUGCUCACUGUUUCUCGCACCAUGAUCGAGGCAGAGGGUGUGCUGGAGGAGCUGAAGGGUCCUGCGAUGAAAUUGAACGAGAUUUUGAGCUUGCAGGCCGAGGAAGCUCAGGAGAAAAUGGAAAAUGGCAGCAACAAGGACAACAGACGUAGUGUGCUAUUGCUGGAGAAGAAGUGGGCCUCGAACCUCAAUUCGCUGUUCAAGGAGGUGGAAGGUGCGCAGAAAUUUGUUUCUGCAGUCCCAGGCCGCCACGUCGUGGCAGAUGUCGCAUCUGCGCGCUGCGAAGGACGAGCUUGCCAGCACGAUGGAGCUGGAAAAGGCCAAACAGAAGGAUCUGACAGAGAGCGUGAGCAGGCUCUCUGUGACGCACGAGAGAUUAAGCAAGAACUCCGACUACCUGCACGAUCUGACGACAAAGCUGAACCACCGCAGGUCGCGGUCGUUGGACCUGAACGACAAGAACUCGACGCAGAACUUGAACACUGUAGACGAAGGGCUGAUGAACAUAGAGCUAUACAUUGGACACCACAAAUACGUGGAGGCCGUUGGUUUCCUGACCCGUGUGAGCGACCAGAUCGACCGGCUGCAGAACCAGAGUCCCGACGAGCAGUUUGCGUUGCUCCUCAAGCUGAAGAAGCUCAAAUGGGAGAACCUCAAGGAGAAGCUGGUGAAGCUGCUGUCCUGGGAGAUCAGCAACCCGCUGAGCUCGAGCAGAGAGAUCACGGAGACGGUGGACCUGUUCCAGAUGAUUGA